AUGAUUCGGGCUCCCACGAAGCGAGUCACUGUCCGAACAUGGACCUUGACCAACUAUUACGCUUUCAUUGCACUAUCGAAGCGUCAUCACAACACAGACUCGGCAGGCUCCGCCAUUGCUCGAACUAUCAAACGGCCAGAGUUCCACGACUACUUCGUCACACAUCUACCAUCCUCGUCCUUGCAUCCGGAUCCCAGAGGGCCUCUGAAUGCCUACAAUAAACUUCCUCGCUCGGAUUCGGUACCUCAUACAAGUGCGAUAUCACAUCCACCGACUUCCUUCCAAGCCCUGGUAGGCCGCGAAACCACCGUCGUCCGGAUCCCGCUACGCAGCGCGAAGCACCAUUUCGGCGUUGCCACGUCCCGGGGCACCCGAGCUUCAAAUGAAGAUACCCACCAGGCAGGUGUCCUUGACAUCCCGGCCUUUGCGAAGCGCCCUCCUGCCUCCCUUACCAUCAAGCGGGCUGUCGCGGCGUACCCCAAUGCUGCCCGGGAAAGUCGUGGUGCCGACAGCGCGAGCGGUGACCCGCAGGUUUUUUAUUUCGGCAUUUUUGAUGGCCAUGGAGGGACGGAAUGCAGCACGUUCUUGAAGGAUACGCUACAUGAGUACAUACAGGACACGGCAGCGGAGUUCGAGUUCCAGUCCAGCUUGAGCAAGGACCGUGAGGGGCAUUGUCUAGGACAGGACUCAGAAUUUCCACGUGGAAGUCUACCUCUCAUACAAGGCGGCAAUCGCAAACGAAUGGCGGAAAUGGAGAAGAAUCUGGUACAGAACUGGAGGCGACUCGUUGGGGGUUAUUUUAAGAGAUUUGUCCCGGCCCACUUCUCGUACUUAGGGAAUGGUGCGCAAGAACAAGAGCGUCCAUCGUGUGAUGGCAAAGACCAUGCAGGAGGCGUCACUAUCGAAGAAAUCCUCGAAUAUGCGUUUCUACGCGCGGAUCUGGAUUUCGUGUCUGCGCAAGCUGCCAAAGAAGAUGACGAGUUAGCAAAGGCUCAUCAACCUCAAUUCCAGGAUGACAUUCUCUACGGGCCGAAGCACACAGGAAAACUGAGCAUUGGCGGGUACAGGCGAUUUAAGGGAGGAAGCACGGCUAGUGUUGCGCUUAUCUCAACUCCCACUCCCACCCCGUUUUGGCACCCAUCCACCCCGUCGAGCCUGCUCGUAUCGCAUGUGGGUGACACGCGGAUGAUUUUAUGUUCUACCGAAACAGGUGAAGCCAUACCGCUCACCUCGAAUCAUCAUCCCUCUUCUCCCAUCGAAGCAAACCGGUUGAGACGAUACGCCGCCACCUUCGUAACCGAUUCAUUCGGCGAGGAGCGCAUGAGUGGUUUGGCCAAUACGCGUGCCUUUGGCGAUGUCCAGUCCAAGCGGAUCGGCGUAUCUGCCGAACCAGAGAUUCGACGCAUCGAAAUGGGUCCUGCGGAAUAUUCCUUCCUGGCUCUCAUGUCUGAUGGGAUCAGCGGCACCCUCUCCGACCAGGAGAUCGUCGAUAUCAUCAAGGAGGCCAAGACUCCCGAUGAAGGCGCUCGCAACGUGGUCAACUUUGCUACGGAGGUGACCAGAGAAGGAGACAAUGCCACUUGUCUCGUCGUCCGGCUCGGCGGCUGGGAGCGUCGACUAGAAGGAGGGCUUGGAAGUCUAGGAACGAAGGAGUCUCGGGAAUGGCGUCGACAGGAAGCGGUUGAUCCGCGCAGGUCACGGAGAUGA